AUGACCCUUAACCCAAAUGGUCAAAGAAAUUCAAACGAAACUCCUAGAAAACCCAAAAAGCAGAAGGCCAUCGUGCAAACUGACGAUUGCUUUGAGGAUUAUGACGGUCCAUGUAGCAAGUCGUUCCAUGUAGUAAAUGAUCGCCACUCAGCCCGAGCGACAUUCGCUGAUCCUGGUUCAGAUACCGCGUCCCAAGCUUUGUCCGUCGAACCCGAAACUCAGGUCAGCGAAGAGGAAGAUCAAUACACAGACCAGGAAUCCGCUGACAGCGAUACGUGGUCUACGGCAACAUUGCUGUCGGAUGUGGAACCUGCGCCCCAGAAUCAACACGAGGCUCAAUAUCAAUCGAGUUCACCACCAUCACCACCACCACCACCUCCCCCUCUUGUAUACCUAAACAAUGCUUAUCAUCAGCAUGAGCAUCAUGAAACUCAUGGUCACGAUAUGAUUCUGGGCAGCCCGAGGAACAAAAUUUUCCAUUUGUGGGGUAUGAGGGACCAAAUUCACAUCGGAUUUCACGCAUUCCAGAACGCUUUGCAUGCCGACCUCCUCAUUAUUUUAUGUCGCAAUACCAAUUUUAUGAUUAUGAUUCAAAUUUGA